AUGGGGAGCGCCCCAGUGCCCGCGCCCCUCGACGUCCGUGCCGAUGCCCGCCACGUGCCCAGCCGCGCGCUGCAGCCGCCGCUCCCCUCUUCCUUCCCAUGGCGCCGCCACGCCCGCCUCCUGGGCAGAGCCGCGCGACCCUGCACCCCUCAGCGCCGCCGCCGCGACGCGCACACGCCCGAGCCCGUGCGCGCCUGCCCUCUCCCCUCGGCGCGCGCCCGCCACGCCGAGCCCCGGCCUCGCCCUGAUGCUGCCUGCCGAUCCGCGGCCGCGUCCUCGUCGAGCCGCCGCGACGCCGAGCCGAGCGUGGCUCCGAGCUUGCCGCGGACGCCGCUCUGUCCGCGGACUGCGACCGCGCCGUGCUGCCCACGACGACGACCGCGGGCAGCAGCAGGCCACGCCCGCGACUGCGACCUCGCCGUGGCCGCGUCACGGCCAGCACCGCGAGCACGGCGCCCCUCCGCGCGUCGCGUCCUCGACCUCGCCGAGCGCCAACCCCCCUGCACCUCCGAGCUCGGUCACGCCGUGACGCCGUCGAUCGCCACCACGAUGUCGCCCGCAACUGCGUCGCCCGAGCGCCUCGUCCCGUGCCCCGUCUCCAUCGACGCGGCAUGCCGAGCCCCGGCCGAACCCCGACGACCACGGCCGGCUGCGCGGACGCCCCAGCGCUGCCAAGCCCCCUCGGUGCCCCGCGACGCCAGGCACCGCUUGGCGCCCCCGCAACCCACGACACCGAGCUUCGACCGCACCGAAGUAGACAGCGAGCAACGCGACGCCGCACGUCCUCGUCAAGACUCCGCCGUGGAGCCGUGCUGCUGCAGCACCACCUCGUCAAGCGUCUCUGCCGCCGGUGAGCCACCAGCGCCCAAGUCCCCUUUGUUUCCCCCUUCCUGCAUUCGCCAUGCUGAGCCCGGCCUUCGUGCCGCAGUUCGUCCACUGUGCAGGGAAACAGUGGCCUCGUUGUGCCUUUGCCGAAGCGCCUUCCCGAUUCCUGCUGCACAUCCCGGCCAGCCGCAGCGAGCCACAGCCGGCCAGCAGCAGGCUUGCAGCUGA